AUGGCUGAUCAAACAUUAUUAGCAAAAGCUCGUAAAGCACGAUUUGAUGAUUUACCAAAUUUUUCUGGACAUCCUUCUGAGGAUGUCGAACGGUUUUUGAAAAGCAUUAAGAAUAUAACCAAGGCAACCGAUGAAUCAGAUAAUCAUGAAAUUUUAGAAAUUGUUCGUGGUAAAUUAAUUCAAUCAGCAGGAACAUGGUUCGAUAAUAAUGAACCUAAUUUCAAAAAAUGGUCAGAUUUCGAAGCUGCAUUUCGAAAUCGAUAUUUUUCUACAACAUCAACUCACAAGAAAUUUGAUACAUUAAAACAACGUAAACAAUUACCGGAUGAACCGAUUACGUCUUAUUUCGAUGACAUUAUUAAUUUAUGCUAG